CUGACCAACAUGGCGGACGUUCUCUAUUUUAGACACAGACAACAGCGACGGUUUCGACGAAUUGACUUACAAACGAAUGGACUUGAUGACGACGAACUGCGCCGAAGGUAUAGGUUUUCUGCCCAGAGCCUAGACAGACUUGUCGACCUCUUGGACCCUAUUUUACGACGACAGACGCGACGAAACAGGUCUCUGUCAACACGACAGCAGUUACUUAUAACUCUUCGAUUCUUGGCUACUGGGAAUUUUCUUCAGGUUAUCGGCGACACCUUCGGCGUUGACAUAGCUACUGUUUCUCGGGUUAUUACCGCUGUCGUUGACGCUAUUUUCGGACUGAAGGACCGUUUCAUUAAAUUUCCGACCAGCGACGAAGACCGACGCCGAGCGACUAAUGACUUCUUCCGGGUUCGGGGAUUCCCUUCCGUCAUUGGUUGUAUAGACGGAACCCACAUCCGUCUUCUUUCACCCGGGCAGCCCGACGAAGCAGCGUACGUCAACAGGAAACAUUAUCAUUCGAUCAACGUACAGGCAACUUGUGACAGAAACGAUAAGAAUGAAGCCUGCAAAGGUUACCAGGAUAGUGUUGGUGUGCGCUGUACUGCACAACAUGAGACGGAUGUGGGGGGAACCGAACCCGGAUGUUCAAGACGACCUUGACGAACAACCAGACAUACAGAACUUUGACGGACCCAUGGACGGACGUGGUGUGAGAAAUAGACUGAUUGAACAGUAUUUUGUUUGAUGUUUAAGUGUUUUCCAUUAUGUUUUUUUUGUUAUAAUAAGUUCAAUUUUAAAAUAUCACAUACAUUUGCUAUUCUUGUUUACAUUUUAAUGCCUUUUUUUUUCUUUGUGUUUAUUAAUUUUAUAAAUAAACAGUGCAAUUUAUGUGCAAUCCAAGCUUUGCAUUGUUUCUAAACAAUAACACAUU